UCUCGCGAGAUUUCCUUAUCUUGGCGGCAGCGGCGGGCCAGAAAACAGUGAGGGGGUAGGGCUGUGAGUCGGUGCUCCGGCGGGUCUCAGUAGGGCCGGACGGGACGGGACGGGACGAUCCGGUCCGGUGUCUCGCCACCAUGGGAUUCCUCAAGCUGAUCGAGAUCGAGAACUUUAAGUCCUACAAAGGGCGGCAAAUCAUCGGGCCUUUCCGCCGCUUCACAGCCAUCAUCGGGCCCAACGGCUCCGGGAAGUCAAACUUGAUGGAUGCCAUCAGCUUCGUGCUGGGUGAGAAGACAAGCAACCUGCGGGUGAAGACUCUGCGGGACCUAAUCCAUGGGGCACCAGUAGGGAAGCCGGCUGCCAGCCGCGCCUAUGUCAGCAUGGUGUACGCGGAGGAUGGCGCUGAGGAUCGCACCUUUGCACGUGUCAUCGUUGGCAGCUCCUCAGAGUACAAGAUCAACAACCGGGUGGUGCAGUUGAGUGAAUAUAGUGAGGAGCUAGAGAAGCUGGGCAUCCUCAUCAAGGCGCGCAACUUCCUUGUCUUUCAGGGGGCAGUGGAGUCGAUUGCCAUGAAGAACCCCAAGGAGCGCACAGCACUCUUUGAGGAGAUCAGCCGGGCUGGGGAGCUGGCUCCUGAGUAUGACAAGCGCAAGAAGGAGAUGGUGAAGGCUGAAGAGGACACACAGUUCAACUACCAUCGCAAGAAAAACAUAGCUGCAGAGCGCAAGGAGGCCAAGCAGGAGAAGGAAGAGGCGGACCGGUACCAGCGGCUGAAGGAUGAGGUGGUACGAGCCCAGGUGCAGCUGCAGCUCUUUAAGCUGUAUCACAAUGAGGCAGAGAUUGAGAAGCUGAACAAAGAGCUGGCCCUCAAGAACAAGGAGAUUGAUAAGGACAAGAAGCGCAUGGACCGUGUUGAGGAUGAACUCAAGGACAAAAAGAAGGAGUUGGGCAAGAUGAUGCGGGAGCAGCAGCAGAUCGAGAAAGAGAUCAAGGAAAAAGACUCGGAGCUGAACCAGAAGCGGCCGCAAUACAUCAAGGCCAAGGAGAACACGGCUCACAAGAUCAAAAAGCUGGAGGCAGCCAAGAAGUCACUGCAGAAUGCACAGAAGCAGUAUAAGAAACGCAAGGGUGACAUGGAUGAGCUAGAGAAGGAGAUGGGGGCAGUGGAAAAGGCACGGCAGGAGUUCGAGGAGCGCAUGGAAGAGGAAAGCCAGAGCCAGGGCCGCGACCUCACCCUUGAGGAGAACCAGGUGAAGAAGUACCACCGGCUGAAGGAGGAGGCUAGUAAGCGGGCAGCCACGCUGGCCCAGGAACUGGAGAAGUUCAACCGGGACCAGAAGGCUGACCAGGACCGACUUGACUUGGAGGAACGCAAGAAGGUGGAGACCGAGGCCAAGAUCAAGCAGAAGCUGCGGGAAAUUGAGGAGAACCAGAAACGCAUUGAGAAGCUGGAGGAGUAUAUCGCUACCAGCAAGCAGUCAUUGGAGGAACAGAAGAAGCUGGAGGGGGAGCUGACGGAGGGGGUGGAGUUGGCCAAGCGCCGCAUUGAUGAAAUCAACAAGGAGCUGAACCAGGUGAUGGAGCAGCUGGGGGAUGCCCGCAUUGACCGCCAGGAAAGCAGCCGUCAGCAGCGCAAGGCAGAGAUCAUGGAGAGCAUCAAACGCCUCUACCCUGGCUCUGUGUAUGGGCGGCUGAUCGACCUAUGCCAGCCCACACAGAAGAAGUACCAGAUUGCUGUGACCAAGGUGUUGGGCAAGAACAUGGAUGCCAUCAUUGUAGACUCAGAGAAGACAGGCCGGGACUGCAUCCAGUAUAUCAAGGAACAGCGCGGCGAGCCUGAGACCUUCUUGCCCCUCGACUACCUUGAGGUGAAGCCGACAGAUGAGAAGCUGCGGGAGCUGAAGGGGGCCAAGCUGGUGAUUGACGUGAUUCGUUACGAGCCGCCUCACAUCAAGAAGGCUCUGCAAUAUGCCUGCGGCAAUGCUCUUGUGUGCGAUAAUGUGGAGGAUGCACGGCGCAUUGCCUUUGGUGGCCACCAGCGCCACAAGACAGUGGCACUGGAUGGGACACUAUUCCAGAAGUCAGGUGUGAUCUCAGGUGGUGCCAGCGAUCUCAAAGCCAAGGCGCGGCGCUGGGAUGAGAAGGCUGUCGACAAGUUGAAAGAGAAGAAAGAGAGGCUCACUGAGGAGCUCAAGGAGCAGAUGAAAGCUAAGCGGAAGGAAGCAGAGCUGCGGCAGGUGCAGUCCCAGGCCCAUGGGCUCCAGAUGCGCCUCAAAUAUUCACAGAGUGACCUGGAGCAGACCAAGACGCGGCACCUUGCCCUCAAUCUCCAGGAGAAGUCGAAGCUAGAGAGUGAGCUGGCCAACUUCGGGCCCCGCAUCAAUGACAUCAAGCGCAUUAUCCAGGGCCGUGAGCGGGAAAUGAAGGAUCUCAAGGAGAAGAUGAACCAGGUGGAGGAUGAGGUCUUUGAGGAAUUCUGUCGGGAGAUCGGGGUCCGGAAUAUUCGGGAGUUCGAGGAGGAGAAGGUGAAGCGGCAGAAUGAGAUUGCCAAGAAGAGGCUGGAGUUUGAGAACCAGAAGACACGGCUGGGCAUCCAGCUGGACUUUGAGAAGAACCAGCUCAAGGAGGAUCAGGAGAAGGUGACCAUGUGGGAGCAGAGCGUGCGCAAGGAUGAGGCAGAGAUUGAGAAGCUUAAGAAGGAGGAGCAGCGGCACAUGAAGAUCAUCGAUGAGACAAUGGCGCAACUCCAAGACCUGAAGAACCAGCACCUGGCUAAGAAGUCAGAGGUGAACGACAAGAACCAUGAGAUGGAGGAGAUCCGCAAGAAGCUGGGUGGAGCCAACAAGGAAAUGACACACUUGCAGAAGGAGGUAACAGCCAUUGAGACAAAGUUGGAGCAGAAACGCAGCGAUCGCCACAACCUGCUGCAGGCCUGCAAGAUGCAGGACAUCAAGCUGCCCCUAGCCAAGGGCACCAUGGAUGACAUCAGCCAGGAAGAGGGUGGAGCACAUGGGGAAGAGGCUGGGGGCAGCUCCCAGCGCACAUCGUCCAUGUAUGCACGCGAGGCUCUCAUUGAGAUAGACUACAGCGACCUCUCUGAUGAGCUCAAGGAUGCACAGGCAGAAGAUGAGAUCCGGCAGGAGAUGGCACAGCUGCAGCAGCGGCUGACUGAGCAGCAGAGUGUGCUGCAGCGCAUUGCUGCACCCAACAUGAAGGCCAUGGAGAAGCUCGAGAGUGUGCGCGACAAAUUCCAGGAGACCUCUGAUGAGUUUGAAGCGGCCCGGAAGCGGGCCAAGAAGGCAAAGCAGGCAUUUGAGCAGAUCAAGAAGGAGCGGUUUGACCGCUUCAAUGCCUGUUUCGAGUCUGUGGCCACCAACAUUGAUGAGAUCUACAAGGCCCUGUCCCGCAACAGCUCUGCCCAGGCCUUCUUAGGGCCUGAGAACCCUGAGGAGCCCUAUCUGGAUGGGAUCAACUAUAACUGUGUGGCCCCUGGCAAGCGGUUCCGGCCCAUGGACAACCUGUCGGGGGGGGAGAAGACUGUGGCUGCCCUUGCCCUGCUUUUCGCCAUCCACAGUUAUAAGCCAGCCCCCUUCUUUGUCCUGGAUGAGAUUGAUGCAGCACUGGACAACACCAACAUUGGAAAGGUGGCCAACUAUAUCAAGGAGCAGUCGACCUGCAACUUCCAGGCAAUUGUGAUCUCACUCAAGGAGGAGUUCUACACAAAGGCUGAGAGCCUCAUCGGGGUCUAUCCGGAGCAAGGCGACUGCGUCAUCAGCAAGGUCCUGACCUUUGACCUCACCAAGUACCCUGAUGCCAACCCCAACCCCAACGAACAAUAGGGGGUGCUAGCAUCUUCCAACAAGUAUCUCCCCUAGCUUGAGAUGCAGCCACCAGACAAGGAGGGGGUGUGGCUGAAGUCUACAUGCUCCAUCCCAUGAUUUGGGGAAGCUGGGGUAGCAAGGUUGGGGUGGAGAAGUCAGACUCAGCCACCUUGCCCCAGAGCUGGGUGUAUCUCAGUGGGGGGGUGGGGGGUUGAGGCCAGGGGAAGGGCCAGUUCUAUGAGUGAGGGGCUUCUCAGCGCCCUGCCUCCCCCCCCCCGUAUUUUUGGGUGAGAAUCCUGGGAUUUUAACCCAUAUGGGCGCUUUUUUAAAUCUUUAUCAUGGAAAUGGGGCUGGGGGGAGGUGGGUAUUUUAGAACCAAGGGGAAUCAUGCUGGGGAUAGUUGUGAGCUCACGGUGGGGCGGCUGUUGUGAACUCCCAAGGGCCUGUCAUUACCCCCCCAGGCACUGUUGUGAAAUAAUAGGAGCUGUCUUGAUCUUGCAAGGGGCUCUUGUGACCCCCCCUAGCCAUGGUUGUGAGGUCACAGGGGCUGUCAUGACUCACCCAAGACACUGUUGGAGCUCAUUGCAGCUGUCCUGAACUCAUGGGGGAGGGAAAGGAGGGCAUCAUGAACCCUGAGGCACAGUCAUGAGUUCAUGAGGGGCCAUUGUGAGUUCACAGGAGGUGCUGUGGUACUGUCAUGAGCUCACAGGAGCUGUUGUGACCCAUGGACCCCCCCCACCCCCAGCUCAUGGAAGGCUGUCAAACUCUGGGCAGAGGGGCUGUUGUGAGCUCACAAGGGACUGGCAGGAGCUCAUGGGGGGCGGGGGGGGGGGGUCUUGUCUGUGUGAGUGUGUUUUCCCCCUGCCUUUGGGGGGCCUUUUUUGCUGUUUUCCUCAUGACAUAAUAAAUCAGAUCUGUGCAAUGA